CCCCUCUCUCCUCUCUCCUCUCUCCUCUCUCUCCAGUCUCUAACCCUCUCUCCCCUCUCUCCUCUCUCUCCCAGCUCUCUCCCUCUCCCUCGUUUCACUGGAAUGCCUCUCAGCCAUGACGAUGCCCCUGAGCCCCCUCUCCAGCGACGAGGAGUCCCGGUCGGAAACCUCAAAACCUUCCUGACCUUCCCCGAGAGCGGAGAACCGGAUGAGGAGGGCGAAGACGAAGAAACCGAAGAAGAGGAAGGGGAGGGGGAGGGGGAGGAAGAGAGGAGAGAGAGGAGGGGAGGGGGCUGGGGGAGAGGGAGGGGGAGAGAGGAGGAGGAGGAGGAGCAGGAGAGCCCGCUUUCAGUUAACGAACAAAGGGGGAACCCCAACCCCAACCCCAACCCCACAGCGAGCUCUGCUCAGCCUCCCACCUCCAGUACCAUGCCCAGUCCCUCCGGGGGGCGGUGUGGGGGCGGGCGGGCGCAGGCUGAGGGAGAGGGCUCUCUCCACGGCUCCCCCUGCUGGCGAGGAGCUGCACUACAGCAUGAUGGUGUUCAGGAUUGGUAUUCCGGACAUCAAGCAGACGAAAUGUCUCCGUUUUAACCCUGAUGCGUCGAUCUGGGUUGCUAAGCAGCAGGUGCUGUGCGCGCUGAAUGCCAGUUUGAAGGACGUGCUGAAUUAUGGGCUGUUUCAGCCCGCGGCCAACGGCCGGGACGCCAAAUUCCUAGAGGAGGAGCGGCCGCUGCGGGAGUACCCCCAAUCCUUCGAGAAGGGGGUCCCCUAUCUCGAGUUCCGCUAUAAGACCCGCGUUUACAAACAGACGAAUCUGGAUGAGAAACAGCUGGCAAAACUGCACACCAAGGCUAGCCUAAAAAAGUUUUUUGAUUAUGUUCAAAAUGGUGCAUCUGAGAAAAUAGCAAAGUUUUUGGAUAAAGGACUCGAUCCAAACUAUCAUGAUUCAGAGAGUGGGGAGACCCCUCUCACUCUCUCAGCUCAGUCACACUCAGGUGUUGAUGGGAUCAGGCUGCUUUGCCUGGGAGGGGCGCACUUUGAUUUUCGUGCUCGGGAUGGCUUGACUGCUCUGCACAAGGCUGUUCAAUCUCACAAUCACAACGCACUGCUGGCUCUUCUUAAUUCAGGUGCCUCUCCAGACUAUAAAGAUCGUCGCGGUCUCACUCCUCUCUAUCACUCUGCGAUGAUCGGAGGGGCGACUCAGUGCUGCGAGAUUCUCCUGUACCAUCGAGCCAGGAUCGGGAUUCAAGACGAGAACGGGUGGAUGGAAAUCCACCAGAUUGAUGAAGAGGGGAUCGGAAUGGCGGAGAUACACGAGGCUUGUCAAAAUGGCCACGCUCAGCAUCUAGAGCACUUUCUUUUCUAUGGAGCCGAAUCAAGCUGUCAGAAUGCAUCUGGAAACACAGCCCUGCACAUCUGCGCACUUUAUAACAAGGAAAACUGUGCUCGAGUUCUUCUCUACAGAGGAGCCAAUAGAGAGAUAAAGAAUAAUAAUGGACAAACCCCCUUUCAGGUUGCAGUAAUCGCUGGUAAUUUUGAGCUCGGAGAAAUUAUUAAGAAUCACAGGGACUCGGAUGUAGUUCCGUUUCUGGAAUCCCCUCAGUACGUUCCUAAGAGAAAGGAGAGCGGUCGAACCCUGGCUAUCCCCCCCCAUCCCCUCCUCCGAGCCAACAGUGACAUCAGCCUGAACCUUCCAGAGUGGAUGGGUUACCCCGGGGCUCAGCCCAGCAUGGGCUCCAACGCAGUCUCCAUACAGGCGUACAAGUCUUCAGGGGGUACCCUUCGCAGUUCUAGCAGCCCGAGGGGGGCGCGAAAUCGUUCCCCGUCCCGCGGGCGAGAGAGAGGGGGGGCCGAGGAGGGGAGGAAACAGCAGAGAGGCAGACCAGGGGCAACUGGAAGUCGUGACCCCUCAGGGUCGAGCUCUGGAACCCUGAACAGCAAAACAGCGCCCCCUGGGAGAAGAAAGCUGUAUAGCGCUGUUCCUGGCAGAUUGUUUGUGGUCAUCAAAUCUUACCAAGCACAAACAGAAGGAGAAAUCUCACUGAGCAAAGGAGAAAAGGGAAAAGUGCUCAGUAUCGGGGAAGGAGGAUUCUGGGAAGGCACGGUCAAAGGUCGGACCGGUUGGUUUCCUUCGGAAUGCGUCGAGGAGGUGAAAACCCACGAGACGAAACAAGAGAGUCGCAGUGAAAAAGCAAAAAGGCUUUUUCGACAUUACACUGUGGGGUCCUACGACAGCAUGGAGGCACCCAGCGAUUAUAUUAUCAAAGAAAAAACUGUGCUUUUGCAGAAAAAAGAUAAUGAAGGAUUUGGUUUUGUACUGAGAGGCGCUAAAGCUCAGACCCCUAUUGAAGAAUUUACCCCAACUCCUGCCUUCCCUGCCCUCCAGUAUUUAGAAUCUGUGGACGAAGGGGGCGUGGCCUGGAGAGCCAAUCUACGAAUGGGAGACUUCCUCAUUGAGGUCAACGGUCAGAAUGUGGUCAAAGUCGGACACAGACAAGUGGUCAAUAUGAUCAGGCAGGGGGGCAAUAAUCUGCUGCUCAAGGUCGUCAUGGUAACAAGGAACCCCGAAAUAGAAGAAGCGUCACGAAAGAAAGUAACCCAACAAAGCAAAAAAUUGCCUCCCCCUGCAAUAUCUCUUCGAUCCAAAUCAAUGACCUCAGAACUUGAAGACAUGGCGUCUCCAUGGAAGAAAAAGACAGAUUACGAUUCAAACCAAACGACAGAAAAGAAAAGGACUGUGUACCAAAUGGCACUGAAUAAACUCGAUGAAAUCUUGGCAGCUGCCCAGCAGACGAUCAGCGCUAACGAGAGUUCGGGGUCACGGGGUCACGUGACCGCUGGGAAACGAGAUCGGGCGCCGGGGCGAGGGUUUUUUUCGACGGAGCCCAGUUUUGACCAGUCCGGGAUUGGGGUGAUGUCAUCGAGUUCUGGGGUCCCCUACGAGCGCCCCUCGUUCCUCUCAGGGAACCCCCAUCACGCUGGUAUGAUGUUACGUCAAAAAUCUAUCGGAAUCACCGAAGAGGAGAAACAGUUUCUGACCCCUCCACCAGCGAAGAUCACUCGAAGCCUUUCUGUCCCGGGAUCUGAAGACAUCCCCCCUCCCCCAACCACAGCCCCCCCCGAACCUCCUUACACCCCCGGACCCUCCACGGGCUGGGGGGGAGGAGGAGGAGGAGGAGGAGGAGGGGGCAGAGAGCAACACUACCAGCAGCCUUACCUCCCCUCUCUCCAUUCAGCCAACCAGUUCACCCAGCCGGCGCAGUCAAUGGGACGCAGCCAGAACGCCGACCCCAAAUCUCAAAGGGGCCCCAAAGGGGGGUCCGGACAGCCCCCCAAACACCCGGGGGGCAGAGCGGAGCUGCCCAAAUCCGGGGGUCCCGGUCUGGGGGAGAGGGAGAGACUGAGGAGGUCUCACAGCAAUGUCCAGCCAGAGGCUCCCCAGCAGCACACAGGAGGAGGGGGAGGGGGAGGGGGAGGGGGAGGGGGUGCAGGGGGGCGCCCCAGCUCCAGCAGUGGGGGCAGCGGUGGGAUCAAUCCGUACUCCUCCAAGCCCCAAAGGAGGAAAGCACAGCUGGUGAAGCAGGGGAAGGUGGAAGGAGGGACGCUGGGAGAGAGGGGAGGAGGAGGAGGAGGAGGAGAGAGGGGAGGAGAUAGAGGUGAUAGGGGAGGUGAGAGGGGAGGAGAUAGGGGAGGAGAGAGGGGAGGAGAUAGGGGAGGAGAGAGAGGAGGAGAGAAGGACCUCAGAAAGCUAACCCCACAGCAGCCUCGUCAUCACCACAGCCUGAGUGCGCAGCCCUCCUUGGAGAAGAGCUCCAUCGCCAUCCCCACCAUCAUCAUCAAAGCGCCGUCCACCAGCAGCAGCGGCAAGAGCAGCCGGGGCAGCAGCGUGGAGAUCGAGCCCCUGAACGAGGCGGCCGCCCAGCCCGGCCCGCGCUCCCGGGGAAGCAGCGUGGAUUACACCAGCCAGUUCGGGGCCGCCAUCGUGGGGGCGGCCAGGAGAGACCGAGAGAGGUUCCAGGAAGCCAGGCGAAAAUCCUCGUCCCUCUUCCUGUCCACCGACGAGGAGUCCAGCCCUCAGCCGCCCCCAUCCCCCCGGCUGCGCCCCUCCAAAUCCAUCGACGAGGGCAUGUUCUCUGGAGACAGCUACUUCCAGCAGGGGCGGGGCGGGCCCCCGGAUCACUUCGGGCCCCUGGCACACCCCUCUGAGCCCCGUUCCGUCCCCGCGGAUUUCUACGGCCGGGCGACGGCUUUCAUCCACCCGCUGACCGGGAAGGUGCUGGACCCCUGCUCCCCCCUCGGGCUGGCUCUGGCGGCCAGGGAAAGGGCUCUGAAGGAGGGCGGGGCCGCGGGGGGAGGGGGAGGGGCCCCGGAAGAGAGGGAGAGGGGGAGAGGAAGAGGGCGGAGGGGGGAAGGAGGAGCGAGAGAAAGGACUUCCUCCCAGCCGGCUUUGGUCCCUUCUCGUCAGCGGGGUGCGGAGCAGCAGCAGCAGCAGUCGGCCGCGUGGAUUUCGAGACCUCAGUCGCCCAGGAAUUUCGGGGUCCCCCCUGGGGGCAGGUGGGACCGGAGGGAGAGCGGAGAAGGGGGCGGCCGGGGCUCCUCCCGGGUGCGGUUUUCGGAAGACGAGGAGCUGAAACGGAAAGGGGACGAGGACAGACAGCGGCGCCCGUCCUGCAGCAACAACGGAGAGGCGCCGAAAGACCCCACAGCCGGCGGCGCCGCGGGGGGAGGCAAAGGGGGCCUGGGGCUGAUGGUCCUGCCCCCCCCGGCCCCCUCGGUCGACGCGGACGACGAGUUCGUUUUCGGGGACCCCCUCCCGCCCCCCUUGGAGUUCGCCAACAGCUUCGACCGCGGCAACAGCCAUCGCCCGUCCGCCUUGAGAACUUCCGAGGAUCCGCCCCCGUCCCUCUCCUCGAUCCUCCCUCCGGCCCCUCCCCUCCCCCUCGCCUCCCUGACCCUCGGCAGCACCCCCCCGUCCUCCGCCACCCCCCUGCCCUCCCCGACCCACCCCCCCUCGCCCCACGCCGGAGAUUCAACCGCCUCCAGCCUGACCUCUUACGACAGCGAGGUGGCCAACUUGACUCAAGCCCCUCCUCCUUCUUCUUCUUCGUCUGCCACCCACCAAUCCGCCGGCCGGAAUCUCGGAGCUGACUCCUCCCCCCCUGUGCAGGCUCCUCCUCCUCCUCCUCCCUCCCAGCCCCCUGCUAAAGAGGCCCACGUCAAUUUUUCCGACGUGGUUUGCUCAAUUCAGAUCGCUCCGACUUCGCAAGGGGAGAACGUGGAAACGGUGACCGAUUCUGGCAUCGAGGAGCUGGACAGCCGGAGCAGCAGUGACCACCACCUAGAAACGGUCAGCAGCUUCUCCACCUUGUCCAGUUUGUCUGGUGGAGGGGGAGGGGGAGGGGGAAGGGAGGGGGCGGAGCUCCUGGACUCCUACCUCGCCUAUCUGGACGGCCAGUCCUUCGAAAUGGACAAGCCCCCCUUCCCGACGCACCCCCAGAAACAGCGCCCCAGACCUCACUGCCCGACCAGGACGCUGGGAAGGCAUCCCACGGCUACCACCAACGACAGUUCGUCCCAGGCCAAUUUCGGAGCUCCAGAGAGGCCCAAGACGCCCGACCGGAAGCAGGUGUGGGCCCCCCACCCUGACGAGUCGGCGCCCCCCCAGCCGCAGCCCCAGCCGUCCCUGUAUUUCCACCCCCCACCCCCGGCCCAUGUUCUCAAGGGAGGAGCCAUGUCCAGCAUGAAGGCCAGUAUUAUCAAUGAGCUCAGUACCAAACUGCAGCUGAUGGGAGGGGAGACGUGGACCAGACCAUCUCUGGAUUCAGCAGGGGGGGGGACGGGCUCCUUGGGAUCGCAGCAGCGGAUUGGCAGCAGGCACAGACUCUCCCAAGAUUCCCCAACCCUCAGCCCCCCCCAAAAGCCCUCCCCCUGCUCCUCCCCCCCUCCCACCUUCCAGUCCUGGUCUCCCCCUAAACCCCAAUCCCCCCUCGCCUCCCCCUACUCCCCCACGGCUCCCCCCCUCUCCUACCUCCCCAGCUCCCCUGCCCCCCCUCACCACAGACCCCCUCACCGUCACAAAGCCCUCGACUUCCAUCACGUGUCCCGUUCAGUGGAGCGCGUCUCCAGCCCCGCGCGACACCGGAGGUCUCCCCUCCCGCUCGCAUCCCAGCUCCCCCAGUCGAACCGACCCCCGCCCAGCCCCCCGCGCCCCUCCUCCCUCCCCCUCCUCCCCUCCUCCUCCUCCCCCCCGCUCUACCCCUCCCUCUUCGACCUGCGGGGCUCCCCUGCCCAUCGCCGGCAGCUGGGGGACCCCUAUUUCUCCCCCUCGCCCCCUCUCCUCCCAGAACCCUCUUUUUCCUCGUCCCGCUCCCUCUCCCCGACCCACUUCCUGUCGGAGGCUCCUCCCCCUUCCCCUCUCCUCCUCCUCUCUCCUCUCCUCUCCCCUCCUGACAAGCCCUUCUCCUCCAAGCCCCUCCCGUACUGGUCCAAGUUCGACGUCGCCGAUUGGCUGGAGUAUUUGAACCUGGCGGAACACCGGGAGCGUUUCCUCGACAACGAGAUCGACGGGUCGCAUCUGCCCUCGCUCAGCAAAGAGGAUUACUGCGAUCUGGGAGUGAACCGGGUGGGGCAUCGAAUGAAUAUAGAGAGAGCUCUGAAGAGAGUGCUGGAGAGGUGAUAGAGAGAGGAGGAGAGAGAGGAGAGGGAGAGAGAGGAGAGAGGAGAGGAGAGAGGAGAGAGAGGAGAGAGGGGAGAGAGAGGAGAGAGGAGAGGAGAGAGAGGAGAGAGGAGAGAGGAGAGGAGAGAGAGAGGAGGAGAGAGGAGAGAGAGGAGAGAGGGGAGAGAGAGGAGAGGAGAGGAGAGAGAGAGAGAGGAGGGGAGGGGAGGGGAGGGGAGAAGAUCAAUUUUUCGGACAAUUUUUAAUUCCUGAUAUCUUGACUGUGAUUGAAGAUUCGUUAACAGAAUCAGCUGUGAUCGAUGACUUUGGACCCAAAUCAGCUGCUAUCUGCUGACGUUUGAUGAUUUAAUAACAAAAUCAUCGGAUAUCCGACUGGGAUCGAUGAUUUAUAUCAGAGAAAGUCAGCUGCUGCGCUGUGAUGUUUGACUGACGUUUUGUUUGAGAUGUGAUUCUGGAGGAGAGACCAGAGAGGCGAUCAAGAGGAGAGAGAACAGAGAAGAGGGAUUUUUCACAAUGUUUAAUGAAAAUCUGCUCAUGUCUGGUUAUCUAUGAACAAAAUCAGCUGAUAUUUGACAGAAUUUUAUGAUUUAUGAACAAAAUCAGCUGAUAUUUGACAGAAUUUUAUGAUUUAUGAACAAAAUCAGCUGAUAUUUGACAGAAUGGUAUGAUUGAUUAACAAAAUCAGCUGAUAUGUGACUGUGGUGAUAUUUGAUAAUGUGAUUUGGGGGGAGGGAGGGAGAUAUUUGAAUGUAUUCAAUGAUAUUUGAUGAAAUCUCGUGCUAUGUGACAAUGUUACAUAAUCUGGGGCGACUCGUGCUGAUAUGCGACAAUCCUUGAUGAUAUCAGCGGGUAUUUAAUAAAAUCAACUGAUAUCUGAUGAAAUCAGUGGGUAUUUAAUAAAAUCACCUGAUAUUUGAUUAAAUCAGCUGGUAUUUGAUAUCUGUUGCUCUAGGGGAUAUCAGUUGAUUUUACUGAUUUGACUCUGUAUUAGACGAUAUAAGCCAGUUCUCUCCUGAUAUCACUUGAUUUCUGAUGAUAUUUGACAAAACACGAUGGUGUUUGGCAACAUUUUGAGAGGGGUUUGAUGGAUUCAUACCUACACACUGUUUUCUGUGUCUCUCUGUCUGCAGAAUGCAGUAUUUAUUUAAAAAAACAAGGGCUGUCUAUCUAUCUAUCUAUCUAUCUAUCUAUCUAUCUAUCUAUCUAUCUAUCUGUCUGUCUCUAUCCCUCUUCUCCAUGUGAAACAACGUUCUCUCUUCCUUUCUCCUCUCAUUCUUUCUUUCUCAUUUCUUUCUUUCUCUCUGUUUCUGUUCCUCGUGUGAUUUGGAGAAUGAGAGAGAGAGAGAAAAGGGAGAGGAGGAGAGGGAAGGAGAGAGGAGAAAGGAGAGAGGAGAGGAGAGGAAAGGGGUCGAAAUAUUUCAAACAGAUUUUCAAGUCAGGAACAGAAAAACUAAAACAAUGUUAAAAUUAAAUAUUAUCAAAAACUCAAUGAAAGUGAGAAAAGAAUACAAUACAAAUACCCCCCCUCCCCUCCCGACACCCCCUUAAUCACCCUGAGAGCUUAUUAUUAUUAUUAUUAUUAUUAUUAUUAUUAUUAUUAUUAUUAUUAUUAUUAUUAUUAUUAUUACUGCAAUCACUCAAACACUGGCUUUGUAUUUCAGAUAUUUGUAUAGUUUUGUGUUGCUUUGACUGUGAGUUCAGGAGCUGCUCUUCAGUUCUAGCUGCGCUGCCCUAGUUAUUGUAUUGUGAAUCGGGACAGCCCUGGCUAUAGGACUACAGCUCCCAGCAUGCCUCUGCACCCGCGGCCAUGGCGAGGCAUGCUGGGGGCUGUAGUUCUUUAUGCUGCGGUCUCCUAUCACAAGCGAUACAGACCUCUAUUACGACACAUCAUGUAAAGAAAGCAUCGCGAUUCAUCGAGACACAGUGAAUCGCUCCAGCCCUGGCUAUAGGACUACAGCUCCCAGCAUGCCUCUGCACCCGCGGCCGUGGCGAGGCAUGCUGGGAGCUGUAGUUCUUUAUGCUGCGGUCUCCUAUCACAAGCGAUACAGACCUCUAUUACGACACAUCAUGUAAAGAAAGCAUCGCGAUUCAUCGAGACACAGUGAAUCGCUCCAGCCCUGGCUUAUAGGACUACAGCUCCCAGCAUGCCUCUGGCGAGGGAUGCUGGGAGCUGUAGUUCUUUAACUCUAGAGCUGUGCUGUGGUCUUGUAUCGCAAUACAAAGCAUUUCAACACGUCAGUUCAGCUGCCUGCCAUAGGGCACAGACUUAGCAACAAAAAUAAUAUAUAUAUAAGAACAAUAUUUGAGUGAUUGCGAUAAGGAGGGAGGGAUUGGAAACAGAAUUACAAAGUUGAGGGAGGGGGAGCAGUUGAAAUUGUUCGGAUCUGCUUUCGAAUCUGAAAAGACAUUUUUGUAGCAAAAGAAACUGAAGGAAAAAAACAACAAAAAACUGAUAAUUAAAAUAAAUGAAAGUCUUCCAGAUGCUUCAAUAUCAGAUUAAGAAUAAGAUAUUUAUAAUUAUAACAAUAGCUGGUAUUCCUGUUAGCGAUAGUAUUAUUAUUAUUAUUAUUAUUAUUAUUAUUAUUAUUAUUAUUAUUAUUAUUGAAAUAUUUUAAUAAGCUGGCAUUAAAGGCGAGAGAAACGAGGGUUCGAAUGUAUUUUGAAUUAAUUUCUUGAUAUUUUGAUGUUAUUUUGAAAAUUAUAAAAAUCUGUAAGAAAUUAAUUCAAAACGACCUUCAAACAGCUGGUGGCUAUUUCUAUAGAAAUCUUUAAAAACAAUUAAAUAAAUACAAGAUGUGAAUUAAUCUGUCAGAUACCUUCUCCGAGAGCUUCAUUUGGAUGUUCAGUGCUGGCUUUUAUUGAUUUGUUUCUCAUUCUCGUGUUUGUGAAAAUUAAUAAUAAUAUUUAAAAAAGAAAAACGUUUUAUUUUUUUCUAUGUGUAAAAAAAUAAUAAUAAUGAAAUCGGAGACGAAAUGUAUUUUAAAAGGGGAUUUGAGGGGGAGGAGGUCAAGAUAAGGUCAAGGGUCAUCCUGACUCAUAUAUUCGGGGGAGGGGGGGCUGGGGGGGAUGGGGGGGCUGGGGGGGGGGUGUCAAACUUGCAUCACGAAAUUGAAACGUUUUAUCAUUAACAAAGAAACUAUCAACGGGCUGAAUUCUGAAUACUAAUAGAACCCCAUCAAUAAGUCUAUUGAAUAUCAAGACCCUGUAUUCAAUAUUAAGACCCUGUAUUCUGUAUUAAGGUCCUGUAUUCAGUAUUAAGACCCUGUAUUCAGUAUUAAGACCCUGUAUUCAAUAUUAAGGCCCUGUAUUCAAUAUUACGGUCCUGUAUUCUGUAUUAAGGUCCUGUAUUCAAUAUUAAGACCCUGUAUUCAGUAUUAAGACCCUGUAUUCAGUAUUAAGACCCUGUAUUCAAUAUUAAGGCCCUGUAUUCAAUAUUACGGUCCUGUAUUCUGUAUUAAGGUCCUGUAUUCAAUAUUAAGGUCCUGUAUUCAAUAUUAAGGUCCUGUAUUCAGUAUUAAGACCCUGUAUUCAAUAUUAAGGUCCUGUAUUCAGUAUCAAGACCCUGUAUUCAGUAUUAAGGUCCUGUAUUCAGUAUUAAGGUCCUGUAUUCAGUAUUAAGGUCCUGUAUUCUGUAUUAAGGUCCUGUAUUCAGUAUUAAGGCCCUGUAUUCAGUAUUAAGACCCUGUAUUUAGUAUUUAAAGACAGUUGGAUGUUAUGAAAUGGGAUGCAGGUUUGACAAUAGAAUUUCCAUAACUAACAAAGAAUCAUAUUUAUCUGUAAGAAUUUUAAAAAAAUCAAUUAUUACGAUUAUCAAAUUAAAACAAAUAAAAACGACAUUAAUAAGAAGCA